UGUACAGUUAUAGUCAGUCCGGAUCGGGCGUCUGGCCAGCUAAGACCUACUCCUCUGUAGGUCUUGCGCGUUAAUCCUCGCGCAUAAUCGCAGUCUGUAAUCUUCCGUGUAAUACAGCCAGUGGUGUACACGGAACGGGGGAAAAAAAAAAGGAAUUAAAAAAACGGUGGCGAAAUGUUACGACGACGAGAUUCUUUCGCGUAUAAAAUAUACGGUAGUCAGUGAGAUUGGAGCGGUUUUAAACCUCUUCGAUCAUACGACACAGGGCGGAAUAUGAUUGCUUUAAAUCAAAAUUGUGUCUUGAGUGAAUCGCCUUUAUAUCGGUGAUAAUUAUCGUUACUGGAAUAACGUUAUUUCGCUCAACUUUUAUAUACGCUUGGUGCGCAAGUGGUUUUUACUCCGUUUCAGUGCGGUUUCUAAUCGUUAUACUUUUUUUUUUUUUUUAUUCCUUUCCUUUCUUUUUUUUUUUAACUCAAAUCGCAGUAAAAUUCUAGUCUAACGUCUCAUCUGUGCGACGGUGAAUUUGUGUUCGUUGCGGACGGGGAUUAGUUGAGGAUGUGUUGCAUGUGCGGAGUAAUUAAUUGAUCAUCUUGAGAGUACCACCACCACCACUGCCGCCGCCGCCUUCAGGCUGCACUUCGGGGUACCUCGACGUAUUCCUCGGAAAUAAUAACCCGCAUCGCUUGUGGGAUGAGGAGUAGGGUAGCUAGGCCGUAGCUAUUGUCCGAAGAAUGCGCAGCCUGGAAAGGUUAUCGGGCAGUGACCAGGACUGCGCUGAUCAGGAGAUGUACAUCGACCUGGAUGACGCCUCCGUUGAUUCCCUGACCGGGAAACGAAGCCGGCAUGACGUCGGCGGCGCGGAGGCGGGCGAGGAAAGCGACAGCAGUGGGAGCGAAAGGAGCCCGAAACAGGCGAAAAGACGGAAUCGAGGGGCGCCGCCGACGACGAGGAGACGCAAAAGCGGAAUUUCGGCAAGAGAACGGAAUCUCCGGAGGCUCGAGAGCAACGAGAGGGAAAGAAUGAGGAUGCACUCGCUCAACGACGCCUUCGAGCAACUCAGGGAAGUCAUACCACACGUGAAAAUGGAAAGGAAACUGAGCAAAAUCGAAACACUGACGUUAGCCAAAAAUUACAUCAUGGCCCUGACGAACGUCAUAUGCGAAAUGCGAGGAGAGGAACAGCCUUACACAUUCGUGGAUGGUGAAUGCGGUUCGAACAGCGGCGACAGCACGGGGCAGCUUGAAUUGAGCGGUGGUGAACAGCCGGAGGAAGCAUCGCCAGAAUCGAUGCACGAAACCAACAACAACAAUUUGCUACACGAGAAUUUGGAGCGCCGGAUACCAUAAUUGUCAUAAUCACGAAACAAAUACGCAUAACUUCAGACUGAAGACACAAUUAAAUAAAUAUCAUUCAUUCGUGUGUCGGUGUGUCCAACGAGAAACUUUAUGAAAUUUUUCAACCCCCACCCCCCGCCCCUAUGAUCGUGGAAGAAGGAGGAAGUCCCUAUUGACCACAAUAGUAAUAAUCAUAAUAAUUUUUACGUACCCGUAAUGCAACGUCGAAUGGCACGUUUAAUAAACGUGAUUAUUGUAUUAUAAUUAAUAAUCGAUAAUUAAUUAAUAAACUAUUUCAUUUCAAGUCCCUGAUCGGCAGACGAUAAGAAACAAUAUUUUUGGGACGGAAGCGCGAAAGUAUCAUCACAUUUAACAACGUUUCAUAUAAUAUUAUUAAUAAAAAUAAUAACAACAACAACAACAACAACAAUAAUAACAAUGAUAAUACUACUACUACCACUACCACUACUACUACUACUAUCACUAAUAAUAAUAAUAAUAAUAAUAAUAAUAACAAUAAUAAUAAUAAUAUCAAGCAUAGUAAUGAUAACAAUAACAAUUCUAAGCAUAUGUGGUGUAAUAUCUAUAAUGUUAAUAAUAAUACGGUGAACUCAGCGACAAGAAAAAUUAUUAUAAAUAAUCAGGAUACAACUGAUAUUGUACGGUACUCGAUUGUGUUUAAGGUAUAUACGUGAUUAUACCUUAUAUGACACAUAAUGUCGUGAUGUAUUUUUAUUUUAUUUUUUGGCUUGUUGUGAACUGAAGUAACUGAAUAUUGCACACGCGUGAAAUAAUCGAAAUAUUAAUAACACUAUUAAUUUUUUUAUCAUAUGUGAUACGUAUGCGUGUAUAUGAUACACAAUUACACAUGUAUGUUUAAUGCAUAAUAAUAGUGUAACGGGGAGACGAACGUUACUUGCGUAAACACGUACACGGAUACGAUUUUGAAAUUGUUUUUUUUUUUUUUUUUAAAUCUUUCAAUUUUUUUGUUUUCAUUUCUAAUUCAUUUUAUUGUUGUUAUUUUUAACCUUUUACAAGUUUAAUCGUGUUAUUCUCAUUUCUUAUUUGAUAUUAUACGAAUGAAAAAUGUUAUAUACCUAUAAAUUUUAUAUAUAUAUAUGUAUUUUAUAAUAUAAUAUAUAAUAUAUAUAUAUAAUAUAUAUAUGUGACUUCGGCCACCAGGCAUGGUGCAGUUUGAAAGAAGAGGUUUGUUUGUAUUUUAUUUUUUUUUUUUUUUUUCUUUCUGUAAUUUUGGUUUCGGAAACGGAUGAUAAACUGUGAUAUAUAUAGAACUUUCCUUCAUUUUCCCUUUGUUCUAUAUAAGUUUCGUUGAAGCGAAGGAGAUGAAAAAAAGGUUGCUAAAAUAUGUAUAAAAAUAUUUAUAAAAUUGACGUCAUCUUGGUAUUAUUCGCUAAGUGUUGAGACGGCUAAUUACUACGCGCAAUUGAACUAUAUAAUUGAACCACUGUGCAGUGCUAUGUAAUAGAAUACAAAGUGUUGAGAAAUGGAUAAACGAUAAAAUAAAACUUACUCGAUAUCAGUGAUUUACAAACUCUGUAGUUAUUGUGAGAAAAAAAAAAAAAUGGUGGCUAAAAAAAUCAAGCAAGAGACGCUAACAAGAACGAGAUGAUAUGGAAAAAUUUUAAACGGUGGAAAAAAAAAAACCUAUUAUCCAGACGAAGACAGCGAAAAUUACUUGUCGUACACAUACAAGGAUUGAUUGCGGUGUUGAAUUGCAGUGCGAAGUUGAAAGUUGCGUUGUAAUAAUGUCUGAUAAAAAUUAUACAUUUACAUGUUAACGACGUUGUUGUUUAUUUAAAAAAGACAUCGGAUAAUGCGUAUGUAAAUAUAUAUAUAUGUAUACAUGUAUGUAUAUAUGUUAUAUACUUAUCUAUAUGUAAGAUAUAUUAAGUCAGCCGUCCGUCUAAAAGCUCGCAUAAAAUAUAUUAUGUGUAAAAUUUGGAUUUAUAGUUAAGUAAAGAGCGUGAAAGUAAAACGAGAGAAGAUAAGAAAAAAAAAAUAGUACAACUGUAGUGAAAUAUAGAAAAAUUGUUGGAGCAAAUACAAUGUGUACAUAAUACACGUAUGUAUAAUAAACACAUACAUACAUAGAUGCAUACAUACGUAGAUACCUAAAAGAGUCCAUCAUACUGACCAACUUACGACAAUUAAAUACGCGUGGAAUAUCAAUAUUUGUAUACAACAUUAUAGGCAUAUAAAUUGUAUAUGUGACAGAAAAUUUGUUUAACGCGAAUUCCAUAUCGCACGUAUACGCAGAAUGAUACGAGUUACCAUGUAUUAUUUUUAUACUCACGUAUAUCAAUACGAUAGGAAGAAAAUUAUAACGAAGCAAAGAAAGAAAGUGAAUCGCUCCACGUUCAACAUCUUUACACGACAAUAUUAAAGGAUCGAGUUCUUGAACAUUCAAAUACAUUUUUAAAGAGACUUUGUAUGUACGUGUAUACAAAGUGGAUAGCUAACGGUCGAAUGAUCUAACGCGCAUGCGCUAAAAUUCUAGAGCGCAAGCAGUUGUUUCGUCAGGUUGGCCAACCGUCAUAAGUUCAGAUGAGGGGUCGCCGCGAUGUAUGUAGCCUCAAAAAUGGUGGUAGACCUGACAAAACAACUGCUUUUGUUUCGAGAAUUUUAGCGCAUGCGCGUUAGGUCAUUCGAUCGUUAGCUAUUCACCCCGUAUAUACACAAAAAAGUGAAUAAUGAAUGAACGAAAAAUGUUUCGGAAAGAACGAUGGAAAAGAAUAAUAAAUACCACGAGUUUCGCAAAAUCCGACUGGAUGAUAAAAUGUUGUUGCCCGCAUUUAUAUUGCACUUUUGUAAGUAAAUCUGCACGUGUAGUGAGUUUUAAUCGACGAUAUGAAGAAUUGCGAUCGGUGCACGAAUUGCCUAAUAUAUUUGUGCACUCGAUGAUUUCUCGGUAAUGCUUGGACCAAUUAUUUGAAUCGACUGAUUGGUUAUUCAAUGACCGCAGUAUCUGGUGUAUUAAUUAGCGUUUAUUCCUCGGUCGUCUCAUCACGAUAAAUUCGCGUAUACAUCUGUAGCGUGUAUUACUGAUUCCAGACAAGCAGAUUAUACAUAAUAGAGAAAGUCUAUAAGUUAGCUCAAUUUUAACUAACGUGACUUUACUGCCUUGUAUAAUGAUUUUCCUAAUUAAUUCGUGUGUACGUGUAAAUAAAACGAAACGACGUAGUCAUCUACAAAAUUCAUGUACAAUCGUUUGCGAAUAAUAAUUACUCUUAUCGAUCGCCUUUCGACAACUAUCGAGCAUAUAUUUACAGAUUUACAAAUAAUUCCCCGUGACCGGCUUACUCGUCAAUUUUAGUUUUCUUAUUUAUUUUUCUCGCUUCUUCAUAUCGCAUUAUUUAUCGCAGUGGUGUUUUCGAAACGCCAUGUACUAAGUAUUAAAUAUCAAAAAAAAAUAAAAUAAAAUUAUAGCAAAAUAUAUGUACAUUUUUUUUUUUUUUUUAUCUAUUCUUCUUCUUCUUUCUCGUAAUCUUCUCAUCGUCGUUGAAAAUAUUUAUGCGAAUUGCAGCGAAUGAGAUAUUGUGAUUCAGUAAAACAUGUAAUUGUUUUUCGAAUAGUGACUGCUAAUUAAUACUUAAAUUAAUUAUAUAUACAUAUGAAAAUAGUCAGAAAAGUUGUUCAACUUUCUUUUCAACAUUUCAAUUCCUCGUCAGCUUAAUUUGAAAUCAAUGUUGACACAGUUUUCGAAAACUGAUCAUACACAUUAUUGCAUGUAUAAGCGUAAAUGUGUGCCUGGGCAGAGUGAAUUCCUGAAACGACUGCGUCGUCCGUCGUCUGUUAAAAUUUAUUGCGCACGCGCUAAAAUCCUGGGGUAACUGUUUGCCAGGGCGGCCAACUGAAUUGAGUAUAACCGCCACUGACGACUGUCUUAACUUUUGAGGCUACGUAUAAAUAACGGUUGGUCACCCUGGGAAACGUUUGUUCUCGGAUUGCGGCGCGUGCGCAUCAAGUUUUUAGCAGACGGCGGAUGAAGCAGUCAUUAUUAGGAAAUCACUCCGUAUAUCGGUAACAUUCAUUUGUCUUCCAUGUGUAUAUUGUAUAAUACAAUAUGCAGAUAAGUUUCCCGAGUUCAAUGUACUUUAAAACCAUUCCGAGUAUAAAUUUCAAAUUCUUACACAAACUACUGUAAGAAUAUUUGUUGUACAACUGCGAAAUAUUGAUAGAUAAAACAAUUAAAAACAAAAUUUGGCGCAUCAGUUUGUUACGCAGAGGUCGGGUGACUUUGCGAUUAAAAAUGAGGGACACAAACAAUUCGAUUGAAAUGUACGAAUUCAGUCGAGUGAAUGAAAAAAAAAUAAGAGAAUUGUUUCGUCUGACCUGCGAAAUCUGCACUUUUAUUUGUAAAGCGACAUACGCAUUGUACAUACUUAUACAUAAUAUACAUAUAUACAUAUAAAUAUGAUACUAUUAUGUAUAAUACGAUAAGUCGAUUUUAUAGAAAUUUUUGUCAAAAACAUGAAUCUUGAUAUGGUUUUGAAUGAUUUUGAGAUAAGAGGAACAUGAAAAAGUAUAAGAGAGUUCUAUUCGGCUUGAAAAGGGAUUGUGUGCAAUUACGCGAAAUAUUCUAUUUCAUUAUACAUGUAAUAUAUUUUAUGCAAACGUCUUUUGCGGAUGCGAUGCUUCUCGUUUUGUUUGUGCGUGUUUUUUUCUUCGUUUUUUAUGGAACUAAAUCGACAACAUUAAAUUAAAUUUGUAUGACAUAUAAAUAUAUCCAAUUUUAAUAAACAAUAUAAACAUGUUAUAGAUAUAUAUAUAUAUAUAUUUUAAAUAAAUGAAUUUUGUAAGUGACCAUAUUAUACAUAUAAAUAUACCUAUACGAUUAAUGUUACAUACGCAUAAUUGUAUGCGCUGAUAAAUAGAUAGUUUAUCACACGCGCACACACACACACACACACAUAUUUUUAUAUAAAUAUAUUUUUUGUUCAAUAUUAUAUAAAAACGAAAUGAUAAUAUAUUUACACACGCUUCUGUUUCAAGAGUGUGCCUCGGCUCAGCAUAAGUAUUUUUAAUCCUCGUUUAUACGGUUAGAAGCGAGUAUUUAAAGAAAAAUAAAAACGAGGUCAAAGUAAAAUAGAAAAGAAAGGAUGAAUAUAAAAAUUCAGAGCCUCUUGAUGGCUCGUGUUUAGAAUUAUUCGGGAGAAAAAAAUUUCACGCAAAUGCAAUGUACUUCAUAUAUCCAUAAAUGCCUAAUCCGAAAACCAUAUUCCUCUUAUUAUUAUAGUUAUACAUAUACAUACAUAAAUAGUAAAUACAGUAUAUAUGUAUAUAUUAAUAAUUACAAUUACGUUAGUACAAUUCUCUCUCGCGUUUAAAUUGAGUAAUACAUUGUGUGUGAAGUUUCGGUGCCUGUAAAAAAAAAAAAAAAAAGUCGAAAUUCAAUUUCUUCGUUAUUAUUCUUUUUCGUUUAUUUAUUUUUUAUAAUAUCGUAUUUUUAUUUUCUCAUCACGCAUAAACUGAUUAUACGCAUGAAAAUUUGUUUUAUGUAAAACAUGCAUUUACACCCGUGCAAUUCGCAAAGAAAGUAACUUGACAGAAUUUUACUAGCGUAUCAUAUUCUUCUUUAGUUAUAUACAUACAUGCAUUGUAAUGUACGUGUACCCGGAUAAUAUUAUGCAAUGUAUAUAUCAUAUAUAUGUAUAUAUAACAUCCAUUUUCACGUAUACGCAUAUGCAUGCGCGUAUAUGCAAAGAAAAUUAUUUGUAAAGAAAACUAAAAAAUCCGAAGACCUUCGCGAUCAGCAGACGCGUUAUUGUGUUUUCACAAUCUUACUACAUACGUUCCAUAUACUUAUUUAUCUUACAUGCCGCAGUACACGCUAAUAAACACGCCACAUUCACAUACCAUUGAAAAUAACAAAAAAAAAAAAUAAAAGUAGAUGAAAAAUAAGAAAAAAAUUCACGUAGCGGUAUAACGACAAGGAAAUGAAUAAAUAUGCUGCUGCCAAUCGUGUGUAUAAUAUCGUCGAAUAAUAAUUAUUAUAAUAUACCGUACGUCAUAACGUAACGCACACACACACACACACACACACACACGCAUUUAUGUAUACAUAUGUUUAUAUACAAACACAGAUACACUAGCGCAACUGUGUAACAAGAGGGAUCUUCGGAAAAGCUCACUGAUGGUUGUACAUAUUUGAUAAUCUGACAUUAAUUUAGACAUAGAUAUACAUAUAAUAACUUUAUUAUUUGAAUAAAACAAAUCUAUAAUAAUGGUUUACUUAAAACCUUACAUAUAUAGGUGUGUGUAUAUAUAUAUAUAUACAUAUAUAUGGGUGUAUCCUCCGUCCAUUACGAACAGCUGAUCUGUCUCCCAGGGAGUCAUGAAAUUUUCAAAUUGAAACAAUAUUUAAAUUCCUUUCAAUCAUUCCAACUACCUACAUUAUACAAAUAUUUUUUUACAUAUCUUUAUACAUAUUACUGUACAUAUACAUAUAUACGUUGAUUAUUAAUAUUUUUCAUUGAUCGUGAUGAGAGCAUGGAAAACUAUCUUGAAUUUUUAACACCCGAAAUUAUAACAUGACGUACAAUUUGACGGAAAAAAAAAGUAAAUUGGUGAUCAUAAAAUCAUUCGACUCAACAAGUUGCAGCGAAAUUCAUUGACCAACUUAUUGUUAGUAUGGAAGUUCGAUUUAUCGGACACCUGUUUAAUUGAUAACUUUGUUGUAAUAUACGUGUCUUGGAAAUCGUCCGACAAUGAGAUACGGCUUGGCUGAUACGAUGACAUUCAAACGUGAUUCUUGAGAACCGAUAACAUGUUAAUCUCAACGAGUACGAUGUGUAAAAAAUAUAAUGUAUCAUAUCUGGUCUUCCUCUUUACUGUUAUUUAUUUAUUUUUUAUUUUUUUCUAAAGUUAUUGAUUAACAAUUAUAACCAACGGCGAAAAUUGUCAUCGGAAGAAAGGCUCGUCAAAUUGUAAUAUUUUACGCAGAUGUGUUGCUCGUUUUAAAAUCUAUGGAAGAAAUCCAAGGCUUAUAUUAAUAGUCGGUAAUAUUGCAGCCUUUUUAUUUUAGCACCUCCGAAUUACGGGACACUUUCGAAUCUGCGAUUUUUAUGAGAAAUUCACGAACACGCGGACUAUCAAACCUGCUUAAUUUCACCGCUUAUAUUAUAUACUUUAACGAGCUUUCGACAGACCUGGAGCAUAAAUUCACGCGCACAAUUUACUUAUAAAAUCUGUCGGCAGGUAAUUGCAAACCAUCGAGCCGGAAUUUUGCUAUAACCACGAGCUAUUCCAAUCUCGAUUGAUUGGUGUUGAAAGUGUUGACAUUCAAACUUCGAUGGUAGUUAAAUUCGAAUUUAUCUGAAAUCAAAGUCCUGAAACGACUAUACAGUCACGAGUAUAUGACGAGUAAUAUAUACAACGAUUUGGCUGUACGCAUAUAUUAACUGUGCAAUGUUCAACAUUCUUGUUCAGAAAUUUCUUGGUUCGGAAGAUUCUUUUUUUCACUACGGCGGAAUUUAAAUUUUUUACGCAGAUUUUAGAGACACAUGUAAAAAUAUGACUUUCUGUUAUUGCACGAGUAUAGAGAUGGAAAAAAAAAGUUGUCUCACAUAACAGGGUGAUCAAUGUUUUAAGCGAUAUCAAAGAUUUUGCUUAUUUAUUAUUUUACAUAUCUUUUAGAGGAAUAGCCGCCGGGCGUUUCUUCAGCACGUAUUUAUAUUUGCUGAAAAGAAAAAUGAAACUUGAAAAAACGCGCGGUCGCCGUUACUUGAAACGAAUAAUAAGUGGAUAUAUGUAUAUGUAUAGUCAAGUUCGCUUUACAUACGCUAAAUUGCAUAAUUACCUUGAGAUGCAAGCGAAAUGCACUCUCUUAUAUAUAAUAACUGAUGAAUUGUUAUGAAUAAGAAGGAUAUAUGAUUUCUCUGUUAUAUAGAAAACUGUAUUCAAUACAAUAUAAACACCUAGCCAAUUGUGCUAUCGAGCCUUAAAAAUAUAUGAGCUGGCCUCUCAAUAGGCCCUGUUUGAUGUA